AUGGAGGACCUCAAGGCGGCUACUCAUGUUGAGCACAAUCUCGCGGUGCCCUCUCACUCGCUGGGAGAAAACACCAUUGGAAUUGAUGACGAAAUCCUCUUGCAAAUGGCCGAGCAGAUUCCGGAUUUCGCCAAUCUGAUCGAAAAGGCCCGUCGAGCGUCCAAUUUUGAGCAUCACUUGACCAACUGGGAUGCAUUCAAGCGAUUCCCGAAGGCGGUCGUGUUCUCAUUUGUCCUGUCUCUUGCGAUAAUCAUGGAAGGGUAUGACACCUCUCUACUCGGAUCCUUCUACGCAUACCCAACGUUCCAGCGCAAAUUCGGUGUUCCUUCCAAUAAAGGGGGCUAUCAAGUCACAUCGAAUUGGCAAACUGGCCUGCAGAAUGGAACAAAUGUCGGACAAAUCCUUGGCCUUGUCAUCGCCGGUCUCAUUGCAGAUCGAUGGGGCUACAAGAAGACAAUGCUCGGUGCUUUGGUCUCACUGAUAGGGUUCAUUUUUAUCAUGUUCUUCGCCAACAAUAUUGGGAUGCUGUUUGCCGGCGAGGUCCUUUGUGGAAUUCCCUGGGGUGUCUUUCAAACCCUGACAACCACCUAUGCCGCUGAGGUUAGCCCUAUGAUCCUACGUCCGUAUCUAACCACGUAUGUCAACCUCUGCUGGGUCACUGGUCAAUUCAUUUCCACUGGAAUUUUGCGGGGUCUUCUCGGUCGUACCGACGAAUGGGGGUGGCGAAUUCCAUAUGCCAUUCAAUGGGUCUGGCCUGUUCCGAUCAUCAUUGGUGUUCUUUUUGCCCCUGAAUCUCCUUGGUGGCUGGUCCGUCACGGGAAAGUCGAAGAAGCGAAGCGAUCACUCACUAAAUUGGCCCGUCCUGGUAACUCUGAAUACUCGACUGAUGAUGCCGUGGCACUUAUGAUCAUCACCAACACCCAUGAGAAGCUAAGCCGAGAGGGUGUGAGCUACUGGGAUUGUCUGAAGGGAGUUGACCGGCGCCGUACCGAAAUCGUCUGCUGCGUCUGGAUGUGUCAGGUCUUCUGUGGUAUCUGGUAUGGCGGCAAUAUUGUCUACUUCCUUCAGCAAAUCAACUUCAGCGAUAACCAGUCAUUCGACUUUGGUCUCGGUGUCAAUGCUAUUGGAUGGUGCGGCACUGUCUGUUCAUGGUUCGUGAUGCAGCGGAUUGGUCGGCGAAAGCUCUUCGUCACUGGACUCGGGAUUAUGUUCACAGUGUUGAUGUUGGUGGGCUUUCUGGGUAUCCCGAGCCAUACCUCCCCCGGUCUGAGCUACUCGUCAGCUGCUCUCCUUUUGGUGUUCGUUUUCACCUACGAUCUCACAGUGGGUCCCGUCACCUACUGUCUCAUCUCCGAGAUUCCCUCCACUCGCCUGAGAAUCAAGAGCGCAGUUCUUGCCCGUAACUGCUACAAUAUCGCCAGCAUCAUAGCCAACUUCCUCAACCCCCCCAUUCUUAAUCCCACCGCCUGGAACCUGAAGGGCAAAGGAGGCUUUAUCUGGGCACCGUUCUGUCUAAUCUGCUUUCUCUGGUCGUUCUUCCGUCUACCGGAGCCCAAGGGACGCACGGCGCCUGAGCUUGAUAUUUUGUUCGAGAAGAAGAUAUCGGCCAGGAAGUUUUCCAAGUUUGAGGUCACUCCAUUCCGCUCUAACAAUUUCGAAGUUAUCUCCGAUAGCGCUGUUCUUGCCGAGAAGAGUUCCCUUUCAGGUAACAAGAAUUGA